GUUUUACUUCCUCUUUCUUUGCGGCGUGAAAUCAAUAAACUGCAGCAGCGAAGCUCAAGUAGGAAGAGAGGAGAAUCAGCGAGAAAAGCGACUUCAAGAAGGAAAACGUCUGUCGCAUGUUUUAUGUAGAAAGUCAAAAAAGUAAGAAGAACGAAAAUAGUCGGUCGAAGAGCUCAUGUGAUGUGAAGUGAGACAAUCGGGUGCUGCUGCUGCUCACAAGACUGCUGCAUGUGAUAUCGAUUACAGAAAUAACACACAGGGAUGACCACAGCCCUGCUUCGGGCCCACAUGGACGGCUAGAAAUCCAGGCUUGAAUAUAGAGAGUCCUCUUGCCAGAAGAAGACCAAACAUGGUGCACGUCUACAACUGCCAUCCUUUCUCCUCUCAGCAGAUUGUGCAGGUGGAGAAGGAACCCGGACUGGUCUGCUGUGGAGGUGGAGCUAUUUUUGUGGUGGCGACUGGAGGAUGCAAGGUGGAGGCGUACAAUCUGGAGGUGGAGGGCUGCCCCCUCAUCUGCCGCUUUUCCACCAUGGGCGCUGUGAGGAGCAUCCAGCAUAGCAAGAUAGGAGACUACCUGGUGACCAUUGAGGAAAAGAACAAUGCCACCUACCUGAGAGCCUACACCAACUGGCGUUACCAGGCAGAGGAGAAGGCCCGUGUUGGGGUUCGUUUGUUGGGCCACUUGCUGGGUGGAGCAUCUGUGUGGGGUGGAGUGCAGAUGGAGAUUAUUGAGAUCCCUCUGUCAGAGCGGCCCAUUGCCGUGUCUUGCUGCCCGGUUAGAGGAGACCUGCUGGUUGGCUCUGAGAACACUCUGGUUCUCUUUACGUUGAGACAACACAACCAGCAGAAUCUGGAGAAUCAGAGUCUUCAGAGCAGCUGGCCAAACACUCGGCAGCGCUGCGGUCAGAGUCAAGCUCAGUCUUCAAGUUCCAGCCAGAAUCUUUCCGUCCUGGAUUUUGAACGCUCCGUCAUCCUGCACCUUCCAAAAAUCACACCUAAGCAGGUGGCACUGUGCGACACAUAUGUUGCUGUUCAAGGAGAGCUGGAAGUCUUGAUAUUAAAACUGGAUGAAACCUCUGAACCCCAAACCCUAGAGGAACCACUGGACACAAAUAACGCAGAAUAUCUGGAAGACCAGGCUGACUUUCUGGUUGUUCCGAGACACCAGGAGUUACUUGGCGAUCGAGCUAAAGACUGCGACAUCUCAGUUAGCAUUGAAAAAACCGGGCUGGAAGAAGGAGGGCAGUAUGCACUUUCUUACGUUCUUUUCAGGCACUUUUCUCCAGAGUUCUUCCAAGGAUGCAGCGUGGAUGAGAUGCAGCUUCACUCCCUGCAGCUUUACCCGUUGUUCACCGGUAACCAGUCAGUGUCUCCCGAUGAAGCGACAUGUGUGUUCUGCUUCUUCUCCCUCCCCACCAUGGGCUACCUGUACAGUCUGAAGGGUGGAGUUGAGCUCCUGUCAGCAUAUCAGUAUCCAGAGAAGGUCCUGGAGGCGGCGCUAACAGACCACCUGUUGCAUGUCAUAACAAAGAGUGCAUUGCAGUGUUUUACAGUACGAUGUGCAGCUCUAGCAGCCAGGAUUGAAGACCCCUACAUCGAUACGACCAUGAAGGCCUGCCCACCCUGCAGCCUGGAGGUCUGUGCGCUCAGGAUGCAGCUCUUUAUCGGCCUGCGGUCGAUGUGCGUGUACGGGCGCCAUGUCAUCCUGCUCUCUGCUGCCGACGCAGAGACAUCGGAGGAGACCGAACGCAGCACACAGCGCAGGGGCCUCGAGUUGAAAGAACACAACAUGCUGACUGGUAUUUUCCUGGUGGUGGGAAUUGAUCCCGCAACCACGCCAGCUCUGGAGAGCCUUCUAUCACGCCCCUUACUGAGCAGGAGGUGGACAAUGUCUUCUACCAAAGAAAGCAGUGCAGCGGGACAUGGAUGGAACCUCUAUGUUGUGGACACCGUCCCCCCCUUUACUCUCUACCAGGAGAUGGUUGAGUACAGUCAGCGUUAUGCAGAGACCAACCCACAGGCCCAGAGUCUGCGACACCUCCUCAGCGAAGCUCACCUCCUCCUGCGUGCUGCUCUACUACACGCAUCAGACCAGCAACAGACGGGCCCAGGUGGCCCAGCAGACCACAGGACAGAUCGACAAGUGCUGGAGGAGGCGCUGAGGGAGAACUGUGCCCAGCUGGGAGACAGUUUCAGCAGGGGCGGUCAGAAGGAGUGUCACCUUGCUCUGCCCUACUACAGGAUGUCUGGUCUGUCACUCACAGAGGUCAUGUCCAGGAAUCGGCCAUUUCCGGGCAGCCCUUCCUCCUAUGGCCCUGGCUUCCUGUUUUACCUGAAACAUUUCCUGUUAGAAGACUCAGAGCAGACCCUCAGUCAGGAAGCAGCUGAUGAGGUCAUUGACAUUUUCAGCCAAUCAGAGCAUUUAAUGCUCGUAAGCGUGUGCACCAGCCCCUGCAUGAUAAAUGUCAGUCCUGCUCGGACGCUGCAAAUUUUACAAAAUCUGGAGGACUCGGUGGGCGUGUCGGUUUCACUGACAAUCACCAUGGCUACCAUGAUGCUGCGUUUGGGUGACCUGCAGCAGUACACACAGCUGAUGGAGAGACACGCUGAGAUGCUGCUAGUGUACGGGUUUAUCGAGGAGCCGAGGCUGCUGCUCUAUGGUGGAUGUGCAAACCAGCAUGGACGUGUUUAUCCCACAGCUUUGACCCGCCAGAUGGCCAACUCUCAGCCUGGACUGCUGGUGGCUGCCAUGGUGGCUUUACAUGAGAACAGCAAAGUUAAGCUGGAAGAGGCCGAUCACAUAUUCAAGGAGCUGGGCUGUGAGAGCAGCCUGCAGGUCGAUUUCUGGGAGGCGAUGCUCAUGGCAUCAUCAAAUGACGCUGUCAUUCAGGAGCUUCUGUUUCGGCUGGCUUCUGUCUACAUCGACCGUCUAACAAAUACAAAGUCAGAAAAGCACACGGCUCCAAAGCGCAAGUCACUGAAAAGUGCUGAUGACCUGAUCAACUCGUGCUCUCAUUACGGUGCUUUGUAUCCAUGGCUCAUUCUUCUAAGUCCAACAGACAUUACCAGUUCCCAACACCUGGAGGCGCUGCACAAACUGCAGUCUCUGCUGUGUGGUCCAUCCCUGUCUGUGGGCUCCGUCGUGCCUUUGUUGGAGCGCCUGUCAGAUGAAACCUUAUGGGGCUUCAGCCUGCACCUCCUCUGCGCUACCAGAAGGGGGCAGUACGAUAGGAGCAUUGAGAAGUUGCUGGACAGAUGUCCUCAAGCGAUCAUACCCUACGCCAAUCACCAGUUACAGGAGAAAAACAUGGCACUUUGGUGGCAAAAGCUCCUCCCAGAGCUUUGUGAUCGCACAAGAGCGGCCUCAGACAACAGCAUCCUCCUGGCUGCUCUCAAAGAGACGCUUGUCGUAGUUGCUAUGGAGAUGAGCCCCGCAGAAUUCCUUGAGCUCAUCCCUGAUGAUGGCACAGCAUCAUACUUCUUGCCACACCUGUUGACGUGCAGCCAGAGACAAGUGCUGGCCUGAAGUGUGCAUACACACACACAGAAUACUGAGAAAACAUUUCGGAAGAGUCUUCAGAGUUGUGUUUGUUGGCCAGCCACUGUGGAUGACUCAACUUGCAGUAUUUAAACUAUUUGUUUGAUAUCAAGCAAUCAUGUAUUAUAAGCACUGUGCAACUAAACUCAAAGGCUUUAGAGGACUAUGGUGGACAUAUCUCCUAUUUGAUGUGAUUAAACAAAUACAGGAACAGGCCUGCCGGGGGUGUACUAUGAUGUGAGAUUAAUGGCUUAGUGAGGUGUGUUUAGAGUUUAGCUUUAAAACCAGUGCCAUUAUCAUAAAUUCUGUUAAUGAAAGCACGCACCAUGGUUAGAUCACUAUCCGAGAGAACUUUAUAUAUGCAGACCUGUUGGUCGGUAUGUUAGUAACGCCACUUAACCUAAACCAUGCAGUUAGGUUACUCUUGCUUUCUCUCUCACAUUGUCACUGGAAUUUACAGGUGUUUGGUUACUGAUGCAGCAAAUGUUCACAUAUUCUUUUAUGUUUGGUCACUUACCAGUUUUUUUUUUAAUUGCUGUUAAUCAGUUAUAAAUUCACAAGAUUAACACUUUUCUGCACUCUCCAAAAGUUGAUUCUGUUCAUCUGGACGUAGCGUUUUCAGUGGGAGAAACGUUUCGUCAGGCUUCUUCAACAACCACUGAUCAAAGGCCAUGAGUACAAUUCAGAGUUGGGGAAUGGGUGCAAUCACAGCAUUUGUAAGAUGGACCCUUUGGCCCCCCUCCUCCAUUCAGAGAUGGUCUUUCCCUUUUCACGUUAAUGGCCUCCUUGACUCCCCGUUCAAACCAGCGUCCCUUCCUCAUCAGGAUGUGUACAUCCUCAUCAUGGAAAGAGUAUCCACUGACCUGUAGGUGUAAAAAGACUGCAGAGUCCUGGUAUGAGUGGCGAAACGUUUCUCCCACUAUAAACGCUACGUCCAGAUGAACAGAAUCAACUUUUGAUUUACUUACCUGGAUGAUUGAGCAGGCAUCAAGACACUUUUCUGCACGGUUUCUCUUUUGCUGGAUUUGUUCCACCUCACUCAUUUUGCUUUUUGGCACGAUAUUUUCUUGUAUGUUAUUAAAGUUUCUUAACCCUGAAGUGGAAAGCCCAGAUUACUAGUGAAGCUGCUCUAGGUUUUCUACAUCAAGCUCUGUUGAUAACCUCUGUUACCAUCUCAUAUCUCUGAGCGAUGCAAAGAAACACUGAAGUUGCUUCAUAGUAUACCCUUUAGGUCAUGGAGAGUUUUUUUUUUUUUUUGUCUGUCCCAUUUGGUUCUUUAGCCGUCAGAAUUGUUGUCUGAAGACCAACAAGGAUACCAAAUGGAUUUAUUUUGCCAAAUGGAUCAUCAUGGCAUUGCCGUAUUGGUCUAUUUGAUCAAACUUUGUUGUUAUUAUUUAUUUUAUUUUCAGUUGUUACAGAUGGGACAGACAUGACUGGGGGAUAGGAAAGGGAGAAAGAAAGAGAGGAAGGAAAAGAAAAACAGAAGGGAAAAGGGACAGUGAGAAGGGGCACUUACAAAGACAAAGAGAGAAAAAAAAAUCUCCUGGAUCACCUGUUGAGAGAAAAAGAAGAGAAAACAAGCAAAAAAAACAAAACAAAGCAACAUACUAAACACAACACCAUCACGUUAAUCUAGCUAAGUGUGAAUAGCAGUAAAUACUAAAUAUUGAAUGUUGUUGUGCAGCACGCAGGACAGACAGCGCACAAUGUGCUUUGAAGUAGCAGCUAAGAAAGGUGUAGUUUAUGUCUAUGAACAGUGAACACCCGUGUGCACACCUGUGUGGAUCAGCGCGCUUGUAUACAAAAGGUUUCCCCAUGUAAAGGUCUGCUAGAGGGUGUGGAGGGCCAUAGCCCCGUCCCCCAGGGCAUGAAGCAGGCAUGGAGGAGAUCCAGGCUCCAGACAUCCAGAGGCCCCAGAGUGCAAGAGCCCAAGGAGUACCACCAGAGGGGCAUCUGUGCCACCCUCCUGGGAAAGGCUGAGGAGAUCCCCAGACGAGGGGUCACCCAGUAGCCACGGAGCAGAAGCCAGAGGGGGCUGCACUGGCGUGCCCGCCGGCUCUGCCGGCAGCCAGCUGUGCCAGAGUGAACUGAGCUGCAGGCCCCGAGGCCGGAGGCUCGAGAGCCCCCUUUGCCCCGGAAGAGGCCUGACCGAGCGACAGGCACCAGGCCCCGCCAAGUAGCCACCGGGAGUGAGCUGGUGCAUACCUGAGCGCCCAGCCCCGGACACCAUGGAGAGGUUUUAGCAAUCCCCCUCCUCAGAGCUGAAGCCUGUUUAUCUGGUUUUAUGGAGUGGGGGUGGGGUCGUUUGCAGAACUGUCGAUAUGUAGAUACCGUUUUGUUUUCCCGUUCAUAAUCUACUAUCACUGGCCACGUUGUUAGGUACACCUUGCUAGUACUGAGUUGGAGCUACUUCUCUCAUCAGAAUGUACUUAGCAUUGAACAGGUGUACCUAACAAAGUGGCUGGUGAGUCUACGUGUUUAUGAAACACUUUAAAAUACAGAUUUUUACUGUUAGAACUGCAGAGGAACUUUAAUUUAUUUUAUUUUUUUAACUAAAGUUCUUAAGUGUGGAGAUUUAGAGGUGAGUGACCUUUGAGCACUGAUUUGUCCACUGAUUAUUAUUUUUUUUAAACAAUUGCAUGGAUGUCUGUUAAGUG